AAAAACUUCAACGAAUUCGCCCUAUGACUAAUAUCCUUGUAGCAGACAACCAAACUUUAAAGCCAAACUAUCCUGAUGAUCAAGAAUGGAAGAUUAUCAUUGACCUGUUAAUACUUCUUGAGCCCAUAUAUCAUGCGACUAUAAUGCUAUCUUCAUCAACACUUCCUACUCAAGGUGACCUUCGUAUGGUAUUCCGUGGCCUAAUUACCCACUUAAAUAAUAAUGAAAACCCAGAGGUUAAUACACAAUAUACCAUAGCCAGUGUAAUGAAAACAAAGUUCGCAUCAUAUUGGGUUCACUUGAAUGAGUCGUCAACAAUUUCGGGCCUUCUUGAGCUGCAUAAUAAGCUCUCAACCUAUGUAGUAAAUGAACGUGAGCAAGCUAUUAAUAUACUCCAUGAG